AUGGGCGAGGCCAACGGAACCACAGGUGGCUUUGCGCCGUUCGCAGCCGUCGAGAUCCCCUUCUCCUCGAUUCCACCAUCAGACACGCCCGAGUAUGCCGAAUUUCUCGCGCAUUACCUCACGGCGGCGUUCAAGUUCGUCCGCGACACGCCUGGUUGGAAGAAGACCAAGUCCUUCAGCUCGGCCGCUGGCGGCAAUGUGCAGUGCAAGGUGCUGCCCAGCCAGGUUUCCCAGAUCGCCAAGAAGGGUUGGCACCUGCGCGAGUCCCAGCACGCCGCAGAUUGCGGCUUGACCUUCGACGACUGGCGCAAGUACAUCCGCUUUGAGCACACGCUCUUCGAAAAGCAGUACAUCGAAGACAUUACGCUCACCGACUGCGUCGCAAAGGUCAAACCGGACGAGGCCGAGAUCUGGCAUAAUGCCUACAAACUACCGAUCGUCACGGCGGAUAGAGACUUUGUCGAGAUGCUGUUGACCAUCGACCUGCCGGCGCACGCUGAGCCCUUCUCGGUGGAACAUGAAGCAGCUACACUUGCAUGGAUCCGCGAUCCGCAGCGCGCGCUCAUACCCUCUGACGCUACGACCGAGCCGGCCCACCGCUCAUUCGUUGUACUCCAGUUCCCCGUCGAUCACCCUGACGUGCCAGCAGACCCGCACAAGGUCCGUGCGGUGUAUUCGUCGUUCGAAGCCGUGUCGGAAGCUCCGGCUCAAGGCGGCGACGGCAAGGUGGUCGACUGGAAGAUGGCGGUGCAGUCCGACACGCGCGGCCGCAUCCCGACCAUGAUGCAAGAGAUGGCUAUGCCCGGCGAGAUUGCGCACGACGUACCCGCAUUCAUCGAGUGGGCGGUCAAGUACAAGCAGCAGAACGCGCCUCAAGCGCAUUAG